AUGUCGCAGUUUGCAAGAUGCUCAACUUCCAAUUAUAAGUUUGGAGCUCACAUUUCAACCGCGGGGGGAAUUUCCAAGAGCGUCACCAAUGCCUACAACAUUGGAUGCAACGCAUUUGCCAUGUUCUUGAAGUCGCCCCGGAAAUGGGUAUCGCCUAGCUACAGCCAAGAUGAGAUAGAUCAGUUUAAGGCCAACUGCAAAGAACUCGGGUAUGAUCCACUCACGGAUGUCCUGCCGCAUGGACAAUACUUUAUCAAUUUGGCCAAUCCCGAGCAUGAGAAAGCUGAGAAAAGUUAUGUCAGUUUCUUGGAUGACCUUCGCCGAUGCGAACAGCUGGGCAUUGGCCUCUACAAUUUCCAUCCUGGAUCGUCACUCAAGGCGGAUCACGAAACACAGCUCAAACAGCUGGCAUCCUACAUCAACAAGGCCCACACAGAAACGAAAUUUGUGAAAAUAGUGCUGGAGAACAUGGCUGGAACUGGUACUUUGGUAGGUAGUGACCUUUCAGAUCUCAAGAAGGUCAUUGAAAUGGUCGAUGACAAGACCCGAGUAGGCGUAUGCAUCGAUACAUGUCAUACUUUUGCCGCCGGCUACGAUAUCAGCACGCGGCAGGCGUUUGACGACUUUUGGGCCGAGUUUGACAAAAUCGUUGGCUUCAAGUAUCUUUCUGCCAUUCAUCUCAAUGAUUCAAAAGCGCCGCUUGCUGCCAAUCGGGAUCUACACGAAAAAUUAGGAGAAGGCUUCCUCGGUCUUGAAGUAUUCAAACUUGUGACUCAAGCUGAUUUUUUGCGAGGAAUCCCAAUCAUCCUCGAAACACCACAGCCCCAGGACGAAGGUUACGGCGAUGAGAUAAAACUCCUAGAGUGGCUCGAAAAUUUUAGCGAGGACACACACUUGUCAGAGUUCGACUUAAAGAGCCAGAAUCUACAGGAAAAUGGAUCGAAGUCUCGAAAGGAACAGUCGGCGAAAUUUGACAAAAAAACUCUCAAGAAAAACGCAAAAAGCACGAAAAAACGUCCCAAAGAUGCUGAGACUGAUAUUGCAAAACAAUUGGGGGCUAAAAGGGUAAAAUCCGACCAGCGUUAA